AUGUCUAAUAUAAGAUGGAUACAUAGAAAAGAUAAGGAUAAUGAAAAAAGAGUAAUUUCUUUAAAUGAAAUAAAAGAAAGAUAUUUAGUUGAUAAUUCAAAAGAUCACAAUUUAAAGAAGAAUAAAAAUACUUGUGAGAAGAAAAAAUGUAACAUCAAAUUUUAUGAAAAAAAAAAAAAUGGGAAGCCACAACAACAGGUAAUUUUCCAAAAUGGCUAUCCAAAAAAAAAUGUAAACAUAAUUCUAAAUAAUAAAAAUCAUGAAUUAGAUUAUAAAACUAAAAUUCAAGAAAAAAAUGAGAGAAAUUGUAAUUCCGAAAUGUUCAAGAAAAUAAAUGGAAGAAAUAAUAUACAAGAAAAUUAUAGAAAUUAUCUUUGUCAUAACAAUAAUAAAAGGGAUUACAUUUCAAAUAAAGAACUAGAUACGGACAAGGUAAAUAUAAAUUUAGAUAUUACAGUUCAAUGGGAUAAAAAAUGUAAUAAUAAUAUAUCCUGCAUAAAAAAAAAAGAUCUUAUAACAAAUGAUUUUCAUUUAGAUGAUUCUUUAAUUAUGUAUGAACAAAAUGAAGGUAAUAAAUAUAUUAAAAGUAAUUAUUAUGAUGAACCCGUUAAUUCAAGUAUAUUCAAUUAUGAUAAUAAGGGAGACUUGGAUUACAAUAAUACAUAUAAAUAUUAUUAUGAUGAUAAAAAAAUGGAAUAUAAUAUGGAAGAGGAAGAUAAAAUAAGAAAUCCAUAUAUAUAUAAUAAUAAUAAUAAUAAUAAUAAUAAUAAUAAUAAAUAUGUAAGAAAAGAAGACCAUAAAUCUUGUAGUGAACAAUCCUUGAAGGAUAAUAAUGAAAUGAUAGAAAAUAUGAAGAAAAAUAAUUUUAAUAAUAAAAAAUAUAAAAAUGUUUUAUAUAAUAAUGCAGGAGAGGAAAACAACAUAAAUCCUUUUAUCAAAAACAACCCAUUUACUAUUAAUAGAAUAGAAGAUGUUUUAAAAAAAAAUAAUAAAAAUAACCUUAACAUUUCUUCUAAUAAAGCAUCUUAUACAAAUAAUAAGAAUAUGCACACACAAUGUUAUAAUUAUAAUAAUAUGUAUAAUGAAAUUAAAAGAGGACCUAAUAUAUUUAUAUUAAAUUAUGAAUAUAAAGAGAAAUUAAUUUCAUUCAGCUCUUUGUUAAAUAAAAUUUUACAAGAAAAAAUAUGUGAUUAUUUUGUUAUUGUAAUAAAAAUAUAUUUGUUACAAAAAAGGCACAAGCCAAUAUAUAAAAAAUACAAUAAAGUUAAGGAACAAUCAAAUGAUAUUUUUAUAAAUGAUGAUAACCAUAUGUAUAUUAAAAAAACAAACAACAAAAAUAAUGAUAGUAAAAUAAAAAGGACAUUACAAGGAAAUGUUCAUAAAAAAAGAUCAAGUAAUGAAAAUUGUACCAACAAAAUUAUAGAUAAAUUUACACAUUUUGAAAUGGAAAAAAAUACAUAUAAAAAAACUGUUUUAAAUAACACUUUAAUUGAUAGUUUUAAUGAUGUAGAUAUUAAUGAUCAAAAGAGGAAAAAAAAAUACUUGAACUUUUUUGUAAUCUUGCUCUCAUUGUUUUUAAAAAAGUAUCUUUAUAAACAAAUGUCCAAAUUCUUCUUUAUUGUUGGUUCACUUCGUCAGAAAUAUGAGGAAAAGAGACAAAUUAGAAAAUACAUCAAUAUAAAAAUUUAUGCCUUGUCCUUAUUGGAAAGGAUAUUUUAUAGAAAGGAAAAAGAAAAUUUGAAGUUAUGUUUUGUAAGAUUCAAAAAAACUAAUAGGUGUAUCAUAAUAAAAGAAAAGAAUAAUGAAGAAGAUAACUUACAAAGUACUUUCUUUACAGAAAAUAUAAAAAGUAACAUAAUCAAAUCAAGAAAGUAUUUAGAAAAUAAAUGUUUUGGUAAACCCAAAUUAUAUAAAACUGACGAUUUUAUAAUAUUCCUUAAUAGAAAAUUACUUAAAGAAAAAGAUGAGAUAUUUCAAAAAUGUUUAUUAAGAUCUAAAUCAGAUUCUUUGUUAGACUUUUUAAAAAUGUCUAAAUUAAAGAAAACAUGGAGAAGUUCUUCUAAUAACUUUUCAGAUACAAUGAAUGAUAAUAUGAGAGGUUCAACUUUACUUGAGCAUUUUUUCACGGCCACUUAUAAUAUAAACAAUAACAGUUUUCAUAAUGAAAUAAAUAAAAGCAGAAUGAAUAUAUCAUAUUAUGAAAAUAAGCAUGUCUCAUCUAAUUUUUUAACUAAUAAUAAUGAAUAUAAUAAUAAUACCAAGGAAAAUACAAAAGGGAAUAGUAAUAUAAAGAUAAAUGAUAAAAAUUUAAAAAUGAAACAAAAUAAUAUAUCAAAUGAAAAAAUAUCCAAUACCUUUCAACAAAAUGUAAAGGGAAAUCAAAAUUUAUUAAAAAACUUUUUUCUAGAUGAAUAUAAAGAAAAAAAAAAAUCUAUUGAUGAACAUAUAAAUGAUAAAAAUUGUAGAAUAUUUUUCAAAAAUAUUAAAAAGCAAUUAAAAAUAAAUUACAAAGAAAAGGUUGAUGUGCAUAAAAAAAAUUAUAAUGAAGAUUUAACUUUAAGUGAUUUGAAUAGUACUAUGGGUUUCUCAAAAAAUAUAAAUUCGUAUAUAUAUGAUGAUACUCAAAGAAACUUUCAAGAAGAUCUUGUUCCCAAUUUGAAUUUUUUAACACAAUCGGAUUUAAAUAUAAUAAAUAAUUUGACUCAAAAUUUUACCAAAUAA